AUGGAAGUCACUAAUUUGUCCACUGGUUUUGCUGAUUUCGGGGAAAUCUCACAUAGCACAGAUUUGCUGGUUGCUCAAGGCAAAUUAUGGCUCUUCAAUUUGAAUUGUGAGUUUAUUGAUUCUAUUUUCGCCCACCAAAACCAAUAAUUUUUUAGUCAAAGAUCAGCCAAAUCUCCAUUUCGGCAGCCAUGUCGUCCACAUCGGUUCCUAUGUUCUCGUCUUCGAUUUAUCCUCAAAAACCUGGACCAAAAUCGAAUUCCCAGCAAUCACAAACGAAGAAAAUCUUGGCGAACAAAUCUUCACACACAAUGAUCAAAUUUAUUUGAUCCUCUACAAAAAUUUUGGUGGAUAUUUGUUUGAUUCGCUCUACAAGUUUAAUGGAUCUGGUUUUGAGAAACUCGAGAAAUUCACACAUCCAGCUGAAGUUUCCUUUGAUUCUCAAAUUCGAAUCAGUUCUGUUAGUGCGAAUGGAUCAAGUUCGAAUGGAGAUGUUGUUCUGGUUUUGAAUGGGCGGGGAAUGGCGGUUUUCACUUUGAGAAUCAGCGAGGAUCAGGGAUCAAAUAUUGAAUUCAUUGCUGAAGCUCAUGAAGAACCUAGUCCGAUGGUGAGUUUUUAAAAAAAAAUUAAAAAAAUAUUUUUUACUGAUUCAAAUAUUUUUCAGUCUGGAACUGCAACAUCAGCAGCUGUCAUCAACAACAACGCCAUCAUCUCCUACGGUGUUCACGGCUGUGGUUUCCGUUGGCAAUCAAAUGUCUUCACCAAAAUUGAUCUCUCAACCAAAUCCGUUCAAGACAUCCACUUUGACAGCGAAGAUCAUCCCCGUUUCUGUUUCAGCGGCGCAAGAACCACUAGCCUCAAUUCAGCAAAUGAAUGGAUUCAUGCAGCUGGAUCGAUUCAAGUUGGAAUGACUGGAUCGAAAUUCGAUGGAAGUGUUUGGAAAUUGACCAAUAUUUUGGGUGAUUCUCCAAAUUGGGUGCAAGUUCAAGGAGAAUUGAGUGGCAAAAUUGCAGUGGCAAAUGGAAAUGAGAUUUGGACUGUGUCACCGGAUAAUGUUAAUUAUUAUAAAUUUUAA